CAGCUGGAGACCAUCCGAUUGUUGCACUUCAGGGGCGGCCAGUGCGAGGGGAGGGGGCGCUUCGCUGACGCGCUCUGCCUUCUUACCCCCGCGGUUCCGUUCCUGCGAGGGCCGCCCCACUCUCUCGGCGGUGAGUAAUACCGACGCGCUCGGCGCCCUGAGCCUCGCUGAUCCGCCGACCGGCAGACGGGCGGACGGAUGGGUGAGUGAGUGAGCGAGCGACAGAAGAUGAGCGUCAGCAGGGAAACAAGCAUGUUCUGUGACUUUUUCGUGCCGAGGUGAAAGGCGGAACGAAAUGGCCGGAGCGCUGCCGUCAGCUGGUCCCCCCCAGGGGCCGAACGAGUCCCUCUGGUCCCCCGCAGAGGCGAACGAGAGCUGCCGCUUCGACGAGGAGUUCAAGUACAUCCUGCUGCCCGUGUCCUACAGCGUGGUGUGCGUGCUGGGGCUGGCCCUGAACUCCGUCGCCCUGUGGAUGUUCCUGUGCAAGAUGCGCCCCUGGAACGCCAGCACGGUGUACAUGUUCCACCUGUCCCUGUCCGACACGCUGUACGUGCUGUCCCUGCCCACGCUGGUCUACUACUACGCCAACCGCAACGACUGGCCCUUCGGCGAGGGGCUGUGCAAGAUCGUGCGCUUCCUCUUCUACGCCAACCUCUACUCCAGCAUCCUCUUCCUCACCUGCAUCAGCGUGCACCGCUACCUGGGCAUCUGCCACCCCAUCCGCUCGCUGCGCUGGAUCAAGACCCGCUACGCCCACCUGGCGUGCGCGGCCGUGUGGUGUGCCGUCGCUGCCUGCCUCGUGCCCAACCUCAUCUUCGUCACCACCAGCCUCCGGGGCAACGACACGCUGUGCCACGACACCACCCGGCCGGAGGACUUCGACCAGUACGUCAGCUACAGCUCGGCGGUCAUGACGCUGCUGUUCGGCGUCCCCUUCCUGGUCAUCGUGGGCUGCUACUGCCUGAUGGCGCGGGCGCUGUGCCAGCCCACGGCUGCGCUCUCCUCCUCCUCCUCCUCGCGGCGGGCGGGCGGCAGCGCGCGGCGGAAGUCGGUCAAGCUGAUCGUGGUGGUCCUGGUGGUCUUCGCCCUCUGCUUCGUGCCCUUCCACAUCACCCGCACCCUCUACUACACCUACCGCGUGCUGGAGGCCGACUGCGCCGUGCUCAACAUCGUCAACUUCGCCUACAAGAUCACGCGCCCGCUGGCCAGCGUCAACAGCUGCAUCGACCCCAUCCUCUACUUCCUGGCUGGCGACCGGUACCGCGCCAAGCUCCUGAGAGCCAUUUCCAGGUCGGCGCCAGUGAAGAACAAGUUCCCUGCCACCCGCGCGCCUCGCCACCUCAGCCACGAGCUCGCUCUUGUCUACAAAAAUCCCGACGCUGCAGCUGGCAUGAAGCCUGCGACCUAACCUGGAGAGAAACUGCUCAGGCAGGCCGGCGGGCUUCAGGAACACAGGGACCGCGUGCUGCUGGACCGGCUGCCCCAUAGUUACACAGCAGCUCUGGCCGGGAGACGCAGCACAGGGACCCGUCGGCAGGAUCGGGCAGUGGGGGAACAGUCCUGCGGGGUGACCCAGGCUGGGAGACGGCACAUCCUGGCUAGAGGGAAGUGUUUCACGAGACGGCACGGCGGCGAGGCCGUUCCACAGCGGCUGGAGACUGGACCGGCAGGAGGACCUGAGCGGUCGAAGUUCAGGGGGGAAAGGCUGCAGGGUGGCGGGCGAUUGUGAACGGGACUGAGGGAGCUGCUGGCCCAUGUUGUUCCGUUCGAUCCGAUUCAAGAUGACUGGCGUAAACAGAGCGGGCUCGCGCUUCAGUUAGCGUGCCGGACCAGGGUCAGGAGACUGAGGUCUGAAUGCAGGUUGAGGGCGAAAGGGAAGGGUAUGUUUGGUGAAUCAAAUCAGAAACUCAGACAGGAGCACUUAAGUGUCAGUGCAGAAAGUACUAUUUUAUUAGUUUUAGAAAUUUAAAUGACUUUUAUGAUGCUGCCAGUUGCCACUUAUGUACAUCUUUGGGGGGCCUCAGAAGUACACAGUUGUUUUUUAUGGACUACUAAUGGCCUUUCACCUUGCUCACCCAACUGCUGGCCAUCUAGCUCAGCAGAAGGAGCAGAGGCCAGUGAGACAGGUUACAGCCGGUCAAUGAGCACUGGAUUUCCGAGGAGGGAAACAAACAGCUACUGUGCUCGUUUGAGCACUAUUUGAGUUAUUCCCUAGCUUUAGCAUAUAAGGAAUUGUAAUGCAAAGCCUGUUACACAGCUGAAAGUUUUUAUACAGAGCUAACUGAGCCAUUUUAAAAAGUCAUAUUACACAACUUGGACGUUUGCGCAUUUAAUGAAGCCAUUACUCUUUAAUUUCAUAUUUAAUAUUGUAAACACAAGGUUUUAACAGAAAGUUCCUUCUCAAAUGUAUCAGGGACAAAUACACUUUCAAGUGCCAGAAUAAAAGCUCAUUUUAAUAGAGUUAAGCUACUUGUAAUUUCUCAAUUCUGAAUUACCAAGGAUCAUAUCUUAUCUAAUUCUGUCAAUUAGCUCAGCCAUCUGAGAAAAACUCAUACAUCAAAAAAAUUAUUAUUCCUUCCUGGACAGAAUUCCAGCAAACAAGCUGGAAAGGGAUUCAAUAAAUCAAAACUCCUGUUAGAUCACACUGCACACGUGAUUGAACAAACGUCACCUUAAAUGAUGUUUUUCAUGAGGUGAAUUUUAAAAAUGGUGCUGAACUGUGAAGGGUUUAAAUACGCACGUUUCUAUAUUAGUGAAAUCAUACGAGGCGAGUGGAGCCCAGUCCUGGAGUGCUGCUUGUGAAGAAAGAUGUUUGUUUUUUCAUAACGGAAACACUCUGUAUUCCUCUGUGACUAGACUGAGGGGGCCUGAGCCCUGAAGAGCUACACAGCUGUCUGCUGUAACACAUGUGGAAAGAACAGGCCAAGCCUGACUGAGUCUGGGGAUGGGAGGGGGGCUCUCAGUCCCUCUGUCCCAACCCACGCUUGGCUGAAUUUUCAGGAGCUGCCGUGAUCGAGCUUCCAGGGCUGAUAUGGAUUUAUCCUGAGGAACCCUGCAGUUUAGCUCAGCCUGUCUUCAGCCAGUCUAUUUUCAAGCAGAAGACUUUGGCUUUGCAUUUGAAGACCUACCUGGGAGCUGGGGUGAAUCUUUCUGGGAUCUGAAAGGAUCAGGGGGAUCAGGAAAAGCCCGGAUCUCACAGAGCAGAGUGCAGACUCAUCCUUCCCUAAGUGGGCAGCCUGUGUCACAACCCCUGGGACUCUUGCUCCUGGCUCUCUGGGGCCACGCCCAGUUCGGGCUCCAAGCUGUCAAGCCACUUAUUUGACAUCAUUACCUUAAAGUCACAAGGUGCUGCUGCUGAACCAGGAAGUGCGUCGCUCCUAUUAACUGAAGUGACGUCUGCAAAACUGGAAAUGAAUAAUAUUGAAGAUUGGAGGGGGUGUGGCUUUUGACAGUGAGGUGAUACACUUGCCCUCAGACACCGCACUGGGGUUGGCAUCCCCUUGGAACCCACCCAGUGAGCAUUAGAAUAGUAUAUUUAUGUACAUAUGUAAGAUUCUGUGUGUAUGUAUUAGAUUCUGUAAAUCUGCAGAUAAUGGUUUCCUUUUUCAACCACAGGAGAAAAGGUGAAAUUUAGCAUUACUAAUGGCAGCUUGUAUCCUGAGGUCAAUCAUCAGCAGGCUUGGGACUUGUCUGAAUUGUGUCAAUGGUCAUUCCCUUUUGCUUUAUUGCUAUAAUAACUAAAACACCAUGCAACAGUAAAAAAGAGAAAUUGUUAUAAAGGUUGUUGAAUAUUUCUCAGACAUAUUAUAUGAAGUUAUUGGCUUUUAAAUGACAUAACAACAAAAGAAUGACAUUACGCAAGAACCAACAGCUAGACGUCUGAUUUUUUUUUAUAUUAAAUUUGCUUUACAGAAAAAUGUAAUUUUGUAGAAACCUUCAAUGUAAUUUUUAUAGUCUUUUUUAAGUGAUAGCUUUCGUUAAUUUCCCCUUUAGAUUGCUCAUUGACAAAAGGAUAUUUUUUUAGAAAGUUAGUUAAGCUUUAUAAUUGUGCUGCACCCCAAAUUCUUAAAAUCCAUAUUUCCAGAAGCGUGCUAACCUGAAGGACAGUUUGAAAUGUUAUCUCAGUUUAAUGAAAUAAAACUGAACAUGGAGAUUUCUGAA